CUUAGCCUUGUUUUGCUUGUUCUUCAUGUUGUGCAACUGCAAGGCAACGCAAUGAGUGAUUGUGAGGCUAAAAAAAAUCUCUUCGAUGAGAUUAAUGGUAACAGGACGCCACUACAUCUCGCCAACUUCACUAAGAACAGCAAUGCAGCUUGCUUGGCUAAUAAGAUUGCAGACCAAUUAAAGAAUGUAACAUGUAAAAACGCCUUUCACUAUAGCUCUACUCCAGGCACCAGGCCGAAUAUCACCGAUUUUGACAAGCUCCUAGAUGGCUGUGACAUAAAAGAGAAUCACACAGUUCAAGGGGUCAUAUUGCCUGUUUGUGUGCCCGAAAUUAACCUAUCGUUGAUGACUGAUAAUUAUACAAUUACUACAACAUCUCAAUAUGCAAAAUAUCUGAAGGAUUCGAACUACACUGGGAUUGGGAUUGGCUCUAAGGAUAAUUGGAUGGUGGUUGUUUUGAGCACUAACACAUCAGCCGGAAACUUUUCCGAUGCAGCUUCUUUGAUUGCAAAUUUUAGUAUGCGUAAUUACUUGGUGGCUUUGUUCAUUGGAUUUCUUGUUGUUUCAAUGAGCUGAAAUGCAUGCUCUAGGUGCUUGUUAUUGAU